AGGUGACGUGGACACGGAAGUGGUCGUCGUCUCGGCGGCACCGGUGGGAGCGGGGCUCUGGGCUGGGAGUGCGGCGGGCGAGCGGACGGGUGGCAGAGGCCUCGCAGCGGCGGCGGCGGCGGCGGCGGCUUAAGGCGCAGGCGUGGUCCGUUGGGUGCGAAUCCGCUGAGCCCACGAGCGUCCUCUCAGCCCUCUCCCCUGCCCGUCGGAACCAGGAUCAGGGACCCGCUUAGCCGGCGUCAUCAUGACCAAGACCGGUAGCAAGGGCGGGAACCUCCGCGACAAGCUGGACGGCAAUGAGCUGGACCUGAGCCUCAGCGACCUGAAUGAGGUCCCCGUCAAGGAGCUGGCUGCACUCCCAAAGGCCACCGUAUUGGACCUGUCCUGCAAUAAACUGAGUACUCUUCCGUCCGAUUUCUGUGGUCUCACACACUUGGUGAAGCUGGAUCUCAGUAAGAACAAGCUGCAGCAGCUGCCCGCAGACUUUGGCCGUCUGGUCAACCUUCAGCAUUUGGAUCUCCUCAACAACAGGCUGGUCACCCUGCCUGUCAGCUUUGCUCAGCUCAAGAAUCUGAAGUGGCUGGAUCUGAAGGACAAUCCUCUAGAUCCUGUGCUGGCCAAGGUGGCGGGUGACUGCUUGGACGAGAAGCAGUGUAAGCAGUGUGCAAACAAGGUGUUACAGCACAUGAAGGCCGUGCAGGCAGAUCAGGAACGAGAGCGGCAGCGCCGGCUGGAAGUGGAGCGAGAGGCUGAGAAGAAGCGUGAGGCCAAGCAGCAAGCUAAGGAAGCAAAGGAGCGUGAGCUGCGGAAGCGGGAGAAGGCAGAGGAAAAGGAGCGCAGGCGAAAGGAGUACGAUGCCCAGAAAGCUUCCAAGAAGGAGCAGGAGAAGAAGCCCAAGAAGGAAACGAAUCAAGCCCCAAAAUCUAAGUCUGGCUCUCGUCCUCGUAAGCCACCACCCCGAAAACACACUCGCUCCUGGGCUGUGCUGAAGGUGUUGCUGCUGCUGCUGCUGCUGUGUGUGGCGGGAGGGCUGGUCGCAUGCCGGGUGACAGGGCUGCAGCAGCAGCCCCUGUGCACCAGUGUGAACACCAUCUACGACAACGCCGUCCAGGGCCUGCGUCAUCACGAGAUCCUCCAGUGGGUCCUGCAGACCGACUCCCAGCAGUGAGCUCAUCCUCAGCACCGCUGCCUCCCAGCCUUGGAGCUUGGAUUCCUAUGGAAUUGGGUUCUGCUGGACACAACCUCUUUUUAGCGUCAGACCUACCUGCCACCAUCAAAUGGCUGCUGAUUGGUACUUGAGAUCUCCCCUUUGUAGGACUUCUCUGUUCCUUGGUCAGGGCACCCUGGUGGAAUGAGGAGAAAUGGAGAGGGGGGAGGAAGAGUUACCUGCAUGCCUAAAGGAGUAGGCUUAGGGGCGGGGAGAGAGAAGGCAUAGGCUUUUCUAGUUAUACAAAGCUGUGUAAGGCAAGGUUCCUUUCUACUAAAUGGUCAGCUGUCACUACAUUUAUACUUUUGUAUGUCACAAAUCCUUUCUUUCAUUCCUGCCGGGGUAACCAGGACAGAUUGGAGGGCAGUGUGUUGGGGACUAGGGGCCUAAGCUGCAAGAGUGGAGUAGCAUGUUUCCUUUAAGAUCGCAGACAUUCAAGCCUUUUAACAGUGUUCAGUGUCUGGCUGUGAACAUAACUUCUCUGCCAGGGUGAUACUUUGAGGCAGGAAAGGCUGUCUUUGACUUGCCUACAGAGUUCUAGCUAGUCUAAGGCAGAACCCAGUUCUCACUCCAGUUUUCUUCCUUUCCUUCAUGUCAUUUGGCCUCCUUUGUAAUGCCCAAGAGGAUGACCUCACACCAGAAUUGUCUCAGCCAAAGUGAGUCUUUCAUAAUAGACAGUCAUGCUACCCACAAACAGAUCCCCGACCAUCAGGGCCUGGGAAGCGCCUGUGGAAUUUUGCUUCAACUAAAAUGGCUUCCACACAAUGGCAGCAGGCCGGGCUCCUUGCCUCAGUUUAGAGCAUAACCCCCUGCUGGCCUGGAAGCACGGAGGCAGAUCUCUGCGGAGCUGCACUAGGACAGCGCCACUGUAUUCAGUGCGAUGAAAUCCCUCAAAGACAGCCUAGAGACGAUGUCAAAGAAGCAGAGUUAGAGUAGAUUCUGGACCUGUAACAGAAGGGAAGAACACUGGGAAUCAAAGGCAAACAGUCACAUGAUGGCGCUGCAGAGUACAGAACUAAACAUCAGCACGAACCAGGGCAGCACUGCCUGCCUUCCUGCUGCUACAGAAAGCAUCCCCCCAGCCCCCUUUCCUUGUUCACAACAGCUGGAUGAAGGGAUCAGAAACAACCAUGUCUCGGUGCUUAUUCGCUAAAAAUUCCCAAUUGCAAGCUGCUUGACUCUUCCCUAAGGGAGCAAGAACCUGUCAUAGCUCAGACAGUGUAGCCCUAGUGGCCCAUCUGGAUAGGUCUGCCACUCAACUGUCCUGACACUGGAAGAAAGGCCUUUGUUUUCUCCUCCCCCCAGAUAGUUCUGCCAUGUAGGCCCACACCUUAUUCAGAAUCACUACACAUUCCUUUAGUCUUCCUCCAAGCUCCAGAGCCAUUGGUACAAAUGCUUUAUUGAGACAGAAUACAUACUACAUACGGUGACAUCAUGAAGACAGAAGUCAGCCUAGUCAUAGUCCCCCGGCUGGUUGAGGCAGCUCAGUGGCUGAGCCGAGGCAAGCCAACCUGCAGGCAAGAGUUCACUCUGACUUCGAGAUUUGAUGCUUAUUCUUUGGAUUUCUACAAUUAUUAAAUCCGUGUCUGAGUGGUC